AUGGACCCAUUUUCCAAUCAAGGUCCUUCAAAAAGUUAUUGUUCCUUUGGGAACGUUUUUCAACGGCUUUCCACGGCCCAUGCCACGAAACCCAUCACCCGAAAGGCAUUCGUUCUACCACAUUCAUCUGAAGCCAUUGAUUUUUGGAAUUAUCGUGACAUUAUCGCUGGCGAUGAAGCCGAGCAAGAACGGCAAGAACGAGCCAAUCGUAUUGCUAUGACAAGGAUUGCAGCUAGCAAAAGCUCUGCGCCAGAGUACCACCAAGCUAUUCUUCGGAAUCUUACCAGCCAUGUGCAAAAACUCGAUCAAUUGUCAGAAUGGUGA